UCUUAGUACUUAUAUCUCUGCAAAUAUAAACGAUAUGCAAGGUGGUGUGCAAAUAAUCUCUAAGGAGGUGAUGAAGCCCUCACCUCAUACCUUCAAAACCCUCAAAUUGUCAUACAUAGAUAUAUCAUUACCAUCUAUUUACAUUCCUUUCAUCUUCUUCUACAAAGCCGAUGAACCAACCGGCCUCAACACCUCCAACCAUAUCCAAAUACCUCAAAUCUUGAAGCACUCUCUCUUAGCUACUCUGCCUUCUUUCUACCCUUUAGCCGGCGAGCUCAAACACGAUAUAUAUGUAGACUACACCGACGGUGCCUCUGGCUUUGAGUUCGUUGAAGCCAAGGUUCACGCUCAACUCAAAACCGCCUUGCAAGGAUCCACCGUGAAAGAUAUGAAGCUUCUCCUCCCUUCGUAUUGUACGACUUUCGACCAUGCUGGAUGGCCACUUCUUGUCGUGCAGAUUGAUCGCGUGCUAAUCUUUUCGGUAGCAACCCGAUUAACCCGCUGGGCUAGCCCGAUACCUGAGCUUUUAGGGUUAGGGUUGAACUUUUACAACCCGAAAGAAAGAACAACCAGAUUUGCCCGAACACGAUUGACCCGCAACCCGAAUAGGGAUGACCCUAAACCCGAUGGGCCGACCCGAUUGACAUCCCUACUAAAAAUAGCUUGGGUAACCUUGUCACAACCUUCGUCUCGGCCACGCCACAACUCGCCAACGCGUCAAAUAGAUUAUAUUUGAUCUAAUACAUUAGCUAGGUAUUUUAUUUCAUAAUAUGUACUAUAAUUAAUUUAUUUUAUUGCUUGUUAAUAAGCUCUUUUCUGAUUUUUUUUGUUGAUUCGACUUGAAAAUUAAAUAAAUUCAGAGUACACUACCUAUUUUUUCCAGUAUUUCUAACACAUUAAGGCCUCAAGAGUGUGACUUUUUACUAGUGAUAUCAAUGCUCAAUAGCGAAGACUUUUCUGCUGCAAAUGCUGUACAUAGGUAAGAUUUAUGUUAAACCUAGCUAGGGAGAUUAGACAAGGCACGAGAUCCUCAUCCUACUCCUAUGAGUCCUAUCUCUUAUCUUGCUUUAAAUUUAUAGGCACUACUAUCAUUUAUUAA